AUGUGUGGUAUUUACGCGUCGAUAUCCACGCGAGGAUUGCAAAUUCCAAGUCAUGCUUUGAAACAUUCCCUUUGCAACAGAGGUCCUGAUCACACAGGUUCGGCACAGACAAAUUUCACUGCAAGUGAUGGAACACCAUAUUGUUUAUCUUUUUUAUCAACAGUCUUAGCUUUGAGAGGAGAUCACAUCACUGCACAACCAUUUGAUGGUUCAGCUAUCAUUAACGCACCUGGCCCCAAUCCCGGCUCAAUCCUUUGCUGGAAUGGUGAGGCAUGGAAGGUUGGUGGCGAGCUUGUUAAUGGUAAUGAUGGCCAAGUCAUAUAUGACAUACUUGUAAAAGCUGUUUCAACAGCCGCCUCGGCCUCAGAUGCAACACUAGCUGUGCUUAAGGUCUUACGAGGCAUUUCUGGACCAUUUGCAUUUGUCUUUUGGGAUAAUGUUCAUGGUACUUUAUAUUGCGGCCGAGAUCGCCUUGGUCGCAGAUCUCUUCUUUACAAUGUUGAUAACAAAUCCGAAAACAUGGGACAAUCUGAAUAUAUAGAGUUUGCUAGUACAGCAGAUCCUGCUAAAGGCAACUGGAAAGAAAUAGAAGCAGAUGGCAUCUACAUAUUUUCCUGUAAUGAUAAGACUAGCCUUUCUUUUUCAAAACCAGAUUCUCUUGACCUUUCUAUCUCAACAUCACCAUUGCCAUAUCAAAGAUUUGAGUGGGAGGAGGAUUCCGAGGCCGAUGCGUCAGCUCCCUCACUCGGCAAGUUCAACAGAACUUUCGAAGACGGAACUCAUAUUCUCAACCUUGAUUCCCCAUCAGUGAUGUCAUUACGGCAUCAUCUAUAUUUAAUUCAUCCACAUAAUACGGAAAUGGAUUUGUCAAUAGCGUUCGCCUUAUACUUUGCUUCUCGCGGUAUUGGUCUAGCAUCGACAAAAGAUGACAUAGAAGAAAUUCUAUAUACAACGCCCGCACGUGUUCUUCUAUCCGGACUUGGCGCAGAUGAGUUGUUCGGUGGCUAUAUACGUCACGCAACAGCAUUCAAUCGAAGUGGCUUUUCUGCCCUUCUAGAUGAACUAGAGUUAGAUGUGAAUAGACUUGGCAAACGAAAUCUUGGUCGAGAUGAUCGUGUAAUUUCAUAUUGGGGAAGAGAAGCUCGAUUCCCAUAUUUGGAUGAAGAUUUAGUCAAAUGGGCUGUCGAGUCUCCUAUAUGGGAUAAAUGUGGUUUUACAUCUGGAUCUCAAGGCCCUGAAACACCUGAUAUAGAGCCGGGCAAGAAAGUGUUAAGACUUCUAGCUUAUGAUUUAGGUAUGAAAUCAGUUGCUAUAGAAAAGAAACGCGCUAUACAAUUUGGCGCCCGAACAGCAAAGAUGGAAAUUGGACGAACGAAAGGAACUACAUUAAUUUCAUAA